CACGUAGUCAGACAUACAAGUUUAGUCUUCUUGGACAUUGACAUUGUUCAGCUUCAUCAUGGCUGGACACCUGCUGUUAGUCGUCCUCAUGUAUUCCUUUUCUGACAUGAAAGCACAAGCUCUUCUUCCACCUAAGCUGACAGUGAAUCCAGCUGUGAUCACACAGACAGAAACAGUCACACUGAACUGUCAGACUCCAUCACAUCUUAAUUUGUCCGAGUGUUAUUUUCGAAUAGUAAGAGGACAAACUGGCAAAAGCCUCCCUUGUCUGCAGACCCUGACGGGAACUGAGCUGCUGAAGAUGGCCGAUCAGAGUUCACCUGCUGAGGUUCAAGUGACGUGUUUUUACCUUUACAUGUCACAAUCUCCCGACAGUGAUCCAUCCACCAUCAUCAUUCGAACUCUUCUUCCAUCUAAACUGACAGUGAAUCCAGCAUCGAUCAACGAGACCGACUCAGUCACCCUGAACUGUCAGACUCCUUCAUCUGUUUCUGUGUCUCUGUGUUAUUUCUUCACUCUAAGUGGAGGGAGUGUCAGAGGACCCUCAUGUCUGCAGACCCUGACAGGAACUGAGCUGCUGAACAUGGCCCAUCAGAGUUCACCCGCUGAGGUUCAAGUGACGUGUUUCUACACUGUAAAGGUUGGAGAGAAAAGUUAUCCAUCGCCACACAGUGACACGUCAUCCAUCACCAUACACAGGAGGACUGUUGGUACUUCAAGUAACACUGAUAGUUUUAUUUCUACUUUCCCAACAUCAGUGAAACCAGCAGCAGAAACAGAUACUAGUAUGACUCCUAUGACUCCAGAAUCUGGCGAUGAAAUAACAGGGAGGACUGUUGGUACAUCAAGUAACACUGAUAGUUUUAUUUCUACUUUCCCAACAUCAGUGAAACCAGCAGCAGAAACAGAUACUAGUAUGACUCCUAUGACUCCAGAAUCUGGCGAUGAAAUAACAGGGAGGACUGUUGGUACAUCAAGUAACACUGAUAGUUUUAUUUCUACUUUCCCAACACCAGUGAAACCAGCAGCAGAAACUUGGAUAUGGAAGUUCGUAGCAGUUGUGGCUGGUUGUGGAGUCAUGGUGGGCGUCAUCUUGCUCGUUUCUGCAAUUCUCUGCAACAAAAGAAGAACUGGUUCUGAGAAAGUAAGAAGGCAAGAGCCUCAAAACGAGAAUUUUGACACAUACCAUAUGUACUCCGUUAUUGCUGAAGAGCCAGCUGCAUCAGGCCUGAAGGAUAUGGUGUACAGCACGGUGCAGCCACACUGACACUGUUUUAUACUGGAUAGUGAAAGAGAGGCAGGCAGCCUCAAGGACUGUAAGAAAUGUAAACCUUGUGUUUGAAGUUGAGUGGUCUAUUCCAGACUAAUGUUGGACGACUGUAAUGACUUUUUAUCAGAUCAACCCAACUUCUCUGAACCAAACUUUUACAAAAGUUUCCCUAGUUUAAUGCAACUUUCAAGUUGAGUUUUAUGAUGGACAAAGCACAGCUUGGUUUCCAACCUGCAUUUCGAUUUAGCUUCAUUGUAGAUCAAGAUUUAACAUGUAUUUAGAUUUACUCAUAUAUUAAGCAUACGUUUACUUUACUCCUGUUCAUAAUUUGUUUUACUUUUAUUUGUUGUGUGUUCUGUUUUUGUUGAUAUGUUUUUAUGUUGUUUUUGUAUCUGGAUAUAUUUCGUCUGAGACUUCUGUGACUACACAUGCAUAUAUGUAAUAAUUAUGUUUCUUAGUCACUUUAAAUGUCAUUAAUUGGUUCAUGUCAGACACACAUACAAAUAGGAGGUUGUGUAAAUCGGAAGAGGUCCAGAUGAAAGAACAGUUUGUUUUAAUUGCCAUUG